UCCUGUUUCCUUGAUCCUCAAACGCAACUAGAGCCGACUGAGGUUUGCGAUGGAGCGAGAGAGGGAACCUUCACCUGUAGGUAUUUGACAUUAACCUGCGUUUCACCAUCGACAAAAAAACACAAGGGACUUUUGAAGUAAAGGCUCUGUGCUUCGGAUAUAGCAUCGCUGCACAGUCGCUGGAAAUAACUUCAUUAUUCCAGGGUUUUGUUUGUUUUUUUUGUUGCGGGCGACUGUCUCCCUGUCCUCCGGUUUAACAGGAUACUGCAGCCUGUAUGGAGGGAUGUCGGCAUGGCUUGCACCAGGAGAACCAAAACUUUGGUGUCCACAUGCGUGAUCCUGAGCGGCAUGACCAACAUUGUUUGCCUGCUCUAUGUCGGAUGGGUUACUAAUUACAUCGCCAAUAUUUACAUCAAAGUCCCGAUGCCUUUACCGGAGAGAAAGUUAGAGGGUGACAAAAGAGGUGACACUCUCCGGAUCAUGGAGAGACUCGAUCGGCUGGAGAAUGUGGUCAACCAGCACAUACAAGAGACUCCAGCGAGGGGAGAGGACGGUCAGGCGGACACAUCAUUCUCUGACUCGUCGCUGUUCGCUCACUGGGGUCAGGAGCUCAGUCCAGACAACCGCCGGGUGGCACUGAAGAUGUUCCAGUACUAUGGAUAUAACGGCUACCUCAGUGAGCGUCUCUCUCUAGACAGGCCAAUACCAGACCUCAGGCCUGAUGGGUGCAGAAACAUAACGUAUCCUUUAAACCUCCCUCAAGUGAGCAUUGUGUUCAUUUUUGUGAAUGAAGCUUUGUCCGUCAUCCUGCGGUCCAUUCACUCUGCCAUCAGCAGGACGCCCUCCCACCUUCUCAAAGAGAUAAUCCUGGUGGACGACAACAGCAAUAACGAUGACCUAAAGGAGAAGCUGGAAGAUUUUGUGUCUGAGACUAACAGCCAACGUCCAGGAUUCAUAAAGAUGGUGCGGCACGCCAAGCAGGAGGGUCUGAUCCGGUCUAGAGUGAGUGGGUGGAGAGCUGCCACUGCCCCAGUUGUUGCCCUGUUUGAUGCCCACGUCGAGUUCAACGUUGGCUGGGCUGAACCCAUUCUGCAGAGAAUUAAAGAAGACAGAACCCGCAUAAUCUCCCCAUCAUUUGACAACAUCAAGUAUGACACGUUUGAGAUUGAAGAGUACCCGCUGUCUGCCCAGGGCUUUGACUGGGAGCUGUGGUGUCGCUACCUCAACCCACCCAAGUCCUGGUGGCACAAGGGCAACAAGAGUGCACCAAUCCAGAGCCCGGCCCUGAUUGGCUGCUUCGUGGUGGAUAGGCUGUACUUUGAGGAGAUUGGCUUGCUGGAUGAGGGAAUGGAGGUGUGGGGAGAAAAUGUGGAGCUGGGCAUCAGGGUGUGGCAGUGUGGCGGCAGUGUUGAGGUUCUGCCCUGCGCUCGCAUCGCCCAUAUAGAGCGUGCUCACAAACCCUACACUGAGGAUCUGACGUCUCACGUGCGGCGAAACGCCCUCAGAGUUGCAGAAGUUUGGAUGGACGAGUUUAAAAGCCAUGUCUACAUGGCAUGGAACAUUCCCAUGGAGGACUCAGGGAUAGAUAUUGGCGAUAUUUCUGAGAGGAAGGCUCUGAGGAAGAGGCUGCAGUGUAAAACCUUCCGAUGGUACCUGGUGAACAUCUACCCUGAGAUGAGGAUGUACAGCGACACCAUCGCAUAUGGAGUACUGAAAAACGCUCUGAAGAUUGAUCUGUGUUUGGACCAGGGACCUGACAAUGACAACGUCCCCAUCCUGUAUCUCUGUCAUGGGAUGACACCUCAGAAUGUGUACUACACCAGUACUCAGCAGCUCCACAUCGGGCUCCUGAGUCCCACCAUUGACGAUGAUGACAACAAGUGCCUGGUGGAUGUGAAUAGCAGACCGCGCCUCAUUGAGUGCAGCUAUGCCGCAGCCAAACGCAUGAAGCUCCACUGGCACUUCACUCAGGGAGGAUCCAUUCAGAACAGGAAAUCAAAGAGAUGCCUAGAGCUUGUAGCGAGCAGUGACAAUGAAUUUGGCUACCAACUGGCUCUGCAGAAAUGCACUGGACAGAAAUGGUUCAUCACAAACGUGCUGUUUAGCAGCUCUUUAUGAUCGGCUGCUGAAAGGAACACUUCAGUGAAUAGCACACCGGACUGGAUGGAGUUGUUUCUUUUGUGUGUGCACAUGUGUAUGUGCGAGUGUGUGUGCAUGGUUGAACACAAUCAUUUUGAGCACCACGAUGUCCUCUGAUGAGCAGUCGACAUCACAUCGUAAAUGUUAAACAUUUUAUUUUGCCUACAGGAUCAGCCAUAGUUGGCGCAUAUUUUGCAGAUUUGACAAGGUAGUAUAUUUAGUAUAUUUUGUUGACUUGAAAAGAUGUAUUGGGUCCAAUAUGUUUUUGUACUGUUCAUAAUUGCUACUGUGUAGCAAGCUUUCUGAACCUGUCCCUGCUGUAAUUAUUUUAUUUUAGUGUCUCAGGUUUGUGGGUUUAUUAUGCGAUUCAGCUGUACACCUGUGGGAAAAUACUGGAAUAAAUCCGAAAAUUAUAGAUUAUUUUCUCAGUGUUAAUAUUUCGAAUAUUUGUAACAGUAAAAUAACUCAUGUAAA